AUGGACGCUACGACACAGCUUGACACGGCUGCUGUCGUAGCUCAUCUGCGCGCAUCCCUGACGCAGAAGCUCCGAGAGCGAUUCCCGGAGAUGAAAGACGAGUCAAUUGACCGCAUCCUCGAUGCGACCUCACUCGAGCUGCAGAAGCAGAUGCUCGCCGAGUAAGUGGCUCUUUCCCACACCACACCACACAACCCAUCUCCGAAAUCUCCAUCUAACAGCACUUAGGGACCAAACCACCACAGAAACUCGCCCAAAUCUCCUGUCCCUCCCUGCUGAGCUCCGCAACACCAUCUACGAAUUGGUCCUCACCUCCGACAACCCCGUCCCUGUCACCCGCAAAGUUUUUCCAGCCUUACUACACACCUCUUCUCGCCUCCGAAAGGAAGCGGCCCCGAUCUAUUACCAGAGCAACACCUUCCACGCCCCAUGCUGCGACGAGCAUACGCAUCAGGAUCUCGUGAGGUUGGUCAAGUGGCUUGAGCUGAUAGGUCCUGUCCGCGCUUCUCAACUCCAGCAGCUGCGUCUGGAAUGCCCUUACACGAAAGCCACGCGCUUGGAGGAGUCUUUCCGGGCGGGUAUAUUCAGGAGGAUGGAGUUUAAAAAGUAUGGCGUUUCGAAGGAGCGGUUUGUCGUCGUGGAGACGUUCGUCGAUGAUUGA